UAAUAAAAUUAUAAAUACCUGCAAGCCACAGUGUUUCAGAGUUCACAAUGGAUAACGUUACAGAAAAAUUAUUGCAAUGUUUUGGUCACCGAAGGUUUAAAAGUGAAUUGCAAGAGAGAGCAGUGCGAGCAAUCGCGCGGGGAGUUCACGAUGUCUUCGUUUCUAUGCCUACUGGUUCUGGAAAAUCAUUGUGUUUCCAAUUGCCAGCGAUGUUGCAGGAGAAUAAGGUCGCAGUCGUUUUCUCGCCUUUAUUAGCUUUAAUUAAGGAUCAAGUCGAUCAUUUGACUAAAUUAAAAAUCGCAGCCGAAUCUAUAAAUUCUAAAAUGACUCAAAAAGACAGAGAAAGAGUUUUGAAUGACCUUCGUAGUAUGAAACCUAACACUAGGUUUCUAUAUGUAACACCGGAGCAGGCAGCUACAGGUACAUUUAAAGCGCUCAUGGAACAUCUCGUGAAGUAUAAGAAGGUUUCAUAUGUAGUUGUAGAUGAGGCUCACUGUGUAAGUGAAUGGGGUCAUGACUUUAGACCCGAUUACCUUAAGUUAGGCAACCUGAGGGAAAAAUUUAAAAGUAUACCAUGGGUCGCCCUCACUGCAACUGCCAGUGCUGAAGUAACUAAAGACAUAUUAGAAAAUCUUAAGUUGCUAAAUCCAGUUGCACAGUACAAAACUCCCAGUUUCAGAAGAAAUUUAUACUACGAUGUUGUUUAUCAGAAUUGUAUCCAGGAUGAAAUAGGAGACCUGGUAGAAUUUUUAAAAAAAAAUUUGAAGGAUGAAAUAAGUGUUAAACCAAAAGAUAAGAGUGCGGCCAUAGUGUACUGUCGGACAAGGGAACAGACGGAAGAUAUUGCCAGCAUGCUAACGAAAAGAGGUCUAAAUUGUUUGGCAUAUCAUGGUGGCUUAAAGAGUAGCGAGCGUGUGUCUGUGCAGGACCGUUGGUCUAAUGGUGAAGUUCCCUGUGUGAGUGCGACUGUUUCAUUCGGUAUGGGUGUUGACAAAGCCAGCGUUAGGGCUGUGGUCCACUGGGGUCUGCCGCAGAACGUGGCCGCUUACUACCAGGAGUCUGGGCGGGCCGGUCGCGACGGUAAGCCCGCGUUCUGUCGUAUAUACUACUGCCGCAGUGAGCGUAACGCCGUUGAUUUUUUGCUGAAAUCGGAAAUAGCCCGCUCUAAGACGCCCGAGCAAAAACAACGGUGCAAGAACGCGUAUAAGAGUUUCGAAGUUAUGGUCAAAUAUUGUGAAGAAGUCAGAUGUCGCCACAAGAUCUUCGCAGAUUUCUUCGGCGAGGAGGUCCCUCAAUGCAUCACCCGCUGCGACUCGUGCACAGACGAGCGUGCCGUCCGCCGCGCUCUAGACCAGCACACGCGGCGGGCGAUGAACGCCAGUCUGGGGAACACUGGCUUCGAUAACAACGACUCCUCCAACUUGUACGGGGAGGGACGACACGGACAAAAGAAAGAGGCGGAGUCGUACUAUGGCGACGGCAGCGGCGACUCGGACAGUGAUUCUAGUAGACGUCGCGUAGCUGAAGAAACGAAAAGUCUUAUAUUAAAAGAAUUCGCAGCUCGAAAAAAGAAUACAGAGAAAAAUAAAUCGAACAGUGACGCUGAAUCCGCCAAGCACUCGAAAUGUAAAGCAGCUGAGAGCACAGGGACGAAGGUGACCGGCCUCACAGUAGCGGGUCGUGAAAGCUAUCUUUCCUUACUCACUGAAGCUUUGAGAGCAAAUAUCGCUAACAUGAAAGGUAUUGAAGAAACAGAACACACAUUGUCGCGAGCGGACGUUGAACAGUUCGCUAUUGAUUUAGAAUAUGACGCGUUUUCUAAAAGCACCGUCAUAAGCCUGUAUAGGAGGGCCAUGUCGAAAUUGAUAGCAGCUAUCAAAGGAUGUAAGGACACGCUGUACCCGGGUCUCAAAACUUUUGAACCAAAGAAAACAGAUUCGCUUAUGGAUUUUAUAAAAGAUUUCGAAGCUAAACGAGGUACACAAAAGUAUCUAGGUUUUAUAACGGCUGCUCAGUUAGAUAACAGCACUGCAAACACAGAACAAACUUUAUCUAAAUCCGAUAAAGACAGUAAGAGGAAAGCUAAUUUAUUCAAAAAAGAUCCUUUGACUCAAACCAAACUGCAAAACUUCUUUUCAGCAAAAUCAUCUCCUGAACCUCUAAGCUCAGACAUGAGCGAGGACGAGGGUGGUCUAGUCAUAGAUGAGAACGCUAAAGUAGAUGACACGGAAACCACUCUACUCAUAGAAGAUAAAGAUAAAACGACUUCCGACUGUAAGGAAAGUUUAAAACCGUAUAUAGAGAGGAGCGAUGGUGAUUCCAGUAAUAAAAAGCAACACACUCUCGUGAUUAACAUAACGUUAGAGGGAAUACCGAAACACGAGGAAAAUAAAGAAGGAAAAGUUAAACAAGAAAAAGAUUGCAAACUAACAUCCCCCGAAAAGAUGAAGCCCACUGCAAAGAGAAAAAUAAAGGCGCUGUUCGGAGAAUCCUCUGAGAGCGAAACGGAAUUAAAUGAAGUCAAACGGUCUCGGACAUCGCAGAAACUAAACGAACACAAGUCACCCAAUAAACAGUCGCAUAGAAGAAGAUCUGGAGAAAUACAGUCUAAAACACGGAGCACUAAGCAUAGAGAGAAGAAGUCAAAGCGUAACGAUGAAGACAGAGAUAGAAAGAGACCAGACGAAAACAAGGCAGCGAGACCCGCUGCUGUACAAAACAUAUCAAACACAUCCAUCGUGAAAGAAGAGAGUGAAAGGAGACAAGAGAAUAAAGAAGUGUUGCAUGAGAACAUCGUCAUGAAGAUUGACAGCAUUGACGAUCCUGAAAUAAUCAGUGAAAAUGAUAUGAUCAACUCGGAUGGUGACAAAAUAGUAGACGAACAAUCUCUAGAAAAAGCACACAAACUUAAUCUUGAAGCUGAAAAGGUAUUGCAGGAGUUGAAGAUAUUUUCUGAAAUUAAACCGGAAGUAAAUUCUGAAGUAAAAGAAAAAAUUCAAAUCGAAGUCAAAGUAAGCAAACCAAGGAGUCCGGUCACUAUGUCCAAAUCACCGACAAAACAUGGCACGAAAGAUAAAUUAAUACCCGACACUACGAAAUCUAAAACCGUUAUAUCUGCUGACAAACUUAAAGCUAAGCUACCGAAAGCGAGAGAAGAAAUAAAAGAUGAUGUCAAGAAAAGAGAAAGACACAAAGAAAAGAAGUCGGAGAAAAUAGAUGUCGCUGGCCUUGUUGUUAAAUUGUUGAUGCCUUAUUAUAAAAAGAAAAAAAUUAGCAACAGAGACUUGUUUAAGAUAACCGCCAGGCAUAUCGUGCAUCAAUUGCUUGCCAUACAAAUAACAGAAGAAAAAGCGAUAGAAAUGCUUCUUAAGAAGACUUUCAGCAAGGAAUUAAGAAUUGAAAAGGAAAGUGAUCUAGAGACUAAAUUAAAGUUCAACAAUGUCACGUGAUUCGUGUUUGUUAAGACAGGAUACAUUAUUUGGGAUUAUAGUUAUUCUUGUAUGCUGUUUAAAUAUAGUUGUUAUUGUGGACAGUUAUUUAUUUUUUAAA